AGAAGUUUCGCAGUACAGAGAUGCAGCGAGAAAAAACAAGCAAUGCCGCCGCGGCGGCUACGGCGGUGGCUGAAAAGCCCGACCGUGAGGCCGCCAUCAUGUCCAAAUACUACGAUGGAGUGGAAUUCCCUUUCUGCGAUGAGUUCUCAAAAUAUGAGAAAAUGGCUAAAAUAGGACAAGGAACCUUCGGGGAGGUGUUCAAAGCGAAGCACAGACAAACUGGGAAGAAGGUCGCACUGAAGAAGGUUUUGAUGGAAAAUGAGAAAGAAGGGUUUCCAAUCACAGCUCUGAGAGAGAUCAAGAUCCUCCAGCUGCUCAAACAUGAGAACGUGGUCAAUCUGAUCGAGAUCUGCAGAACCAAAGCUACUCAGUUCAACAGAUACAAAGGCAGCAUCUACCUGGUGUUUGACUUCUGUGAGCACGACCUGGCCGGGCUGCUGAGCAACGCCAACGUUAAGUUCACCCUGGCAGAGAUCAAGAAGGUCAUGCAGAUGCUGCUCAAUGGACUGUACUACAUCCACAGAAACAAGAUCCUCCACAGGGACAUGAAGGCAGCCAACGUGCUGAUCACCAGAGACGGGGUCCUGAAGCUGGCUGACUUUGGUCUGGCUCGAGCCUUCAGCCUGGCUAAGAACAGUCAGGGGAACCGCUACACCAACCGCGUGGUCACCCUGUGGUACAGACCUCCAGAGCUGCUGCUGGGUGAGAGAGACUACGGCCCGCCCAUUGACCUGUGGGGAGCAGGAUGCAUCAUGGCGGAGAUGUGGACCAGAAGUCCCAUAAUGCAAGGCAACACUGAGCAGCAUCAGCUGACACUCAUCAGCCAGCUCUGCGGCUCCAUCACUGCUGAGGUGUGGCCCGGCGUGGAUAAGAAGUACGAGCUGUACCAGAAGAUGGAGCUUCCUAAAGGGCAAAAGAGGAAAGUGAAGGACCGCCUGAAGGCCUACGUGAAGGACCCGUACGCUCUGGACCUGAUAGACAAGCUGCUGGUUCUGGACCCGGCGCAGCGCAUAGACAGCGACGACGCACUCAACCACGACUUCUUCUGGUCCGACCCCAUGCCCUCAGACCUGAAGAACAUGCUCUCCACACACAACACCUCCAUGUUCGAGUACCUGGCCCCGCCCAGACGGAGAGGCCACAUGCCCCAGCAGCAGCCCAAUCAGAACAGAAACCCGGCAACAACGAGUCAGACGGAGUUCGAUCGGGUGUUUUAGCUUUCAGACGGUUUAUGGGAAGUAGUUUCGGACAACCAGCCUGAUAUUGAAAGCUCCACAUGCCUUAGUUGGUGUAGGUUUGGCUGCCGUUACCUGGAGAUCUGUAUAGUUUUUGUAUGAUCUGCUCUGUGGGGUUGAACAGUUUGCACGCCCAGUUAUUAUAUUCCUUCUUAUUGCCUUUUCAGGAUUAAACUCAGUGGGCUCCGUCGCCUUGAUUUAACAAGGCCCCUGAUAGACUGUUUUUGUUUUUUUUACAUUUUCACACGAUUAUCACUUCAAAGGCUUCUCAGUGUUUUAUUUAUAUUAAGAAAUGUGAACACUUUAAUCAAACCAUUUUACAAUAGCACACAUUUCUGACCCGAUGGACGGGAGUGACAAACCCAGAUUAAAAUGGUCCUUUCUCAAACACAGAACAUGUGAGCUGUAGUAUUCUGUGAGACAUAUAUAACGUUUGUAUUGUCUUUAAGAAGCUCCAUCCUGCUGCACGUCCUGUAAUACAUCAGUAAUAACAAGUCAAUCCUAUUUAAUAUUAUUUCAUGGACAGUUUCCACUUCCAUCGCAAUUCCUUUUUUCCCUGAAAAUUCUUUUGUUUAGUUUAAGUCUGAAUUCUGUUGUUGAGAUUCCAAGCUUGUGACCAACACGACUAAGAUGUAUAAACAUUUUUGAUGUAAACUAUGUGUUCAGAGUUUUGUUCAGCAGUGUUUUACAGCCAUGUCAAUAAAACACAAGGAUUGUA